AGUUAGCUGCAGUGGCUAAAGGCUAAACGCAACAACCAUUAAUGAAAUUAAAAAAAAAACUGAUCUACGUUUUAAAGAGCUCGAUUUUAAGAGCGAGUUAGUAACUGUCUGUGUAUUUUAGGAGCACUUCCGUCUCACCGGGAAAAAUAACGUCGCAUUAACAAACAUAAGUAGCAUUAGUUCGCCUGUUAAGUCCCAUGUCAGUUGAGCUAACAGCAGCACAAGAUGUGGAGAUGUUUACACCGAGUCUAUCAUCACAACAACAGAGAGAGCUGGCGGAAAGACUCACCACGUUUCUGUCUCAGUUCAGCCACUUAUCUGACUCCUUCAUAAUCGAGUUCUUCACUGAGGAUCUGUGGCACACGUUACCCAGCAGCUGGCAGCCCGUGCUGCAGGACCUGUCGUAUCCACAGAUUGCAGACCUUCUGCUGGACGCUACGCAUGGAGACAGGAGAUAUCCCUCCGUGUGGCCUCUGUCUCUGUUGGCUUUCCGUGCCACAGCUCAUGCUCUGGCUUUUCCCAGAGACUGCAGGCGGGAGCGGGGCCGGACACCCGGCUCCGUGAAGCCCGAGGAGUUCCAGGAGAACCAGAGCCAGAGCUCGCUGCUGGGCCACAUCUUCAGGAAACACGUCAAACCCAAGAAACAACACGAGAUCCGCAAGCUGGGGACGCUGGUAAAACAACUGUGUGACCAGACUGACUGCAGCAGAGUGGUGGAUGUCGGCUCUGGACAGGGUCACCUGACUCGUUUCCUGUCCUUUGGGCUUGGACUGACUGUGACCGCUAUUGAAGCUGAUCACACCCUGGUUGCCGUGGCAUCCAGGUUUGACGGACAGUUACUGUGGGCUCUGGAGAAGGAAAAGCAGAAAAAGAACUGCUCGUUCCAGCUCCCAACAUCACAGUCCUUUCCCCGCCAUGUGGCCGGAUGGGUGAACCCCAAGGCAUCGUGGGAGGCUUUCAUCAAGCAGCUGAGUACUGCAGAUAGUUCAAGCGAAGCUCCUCCAACUCCAUCUGGACCCAGCAAGAAGAGACUGCGGAGCUCCGAGCAUCGUCGGGGGCGUCCGCGUGAGGUCCAGACUCAUGGCUCCACAGACUCUGACGGUCAAUCACGGGACUCUGAAUCUUCAUCACAACAUCAGCUGAGCGGGAGGACAUCUGAGGAGCAGACGUCCUCUGGAGACUGCUGCUCCUGUCUCCAGCCUGUCUGUCCAGAGCCGGUUCAUCCUGAAGAAAACAGCCUGCCAGGAUAUCCAGACUUCGUCCUGACCGGUCUCCACGCCUGCGGCGACCUCAGCGCCACCCUCCUCCGCCACUUCGUCAGCUGCCCGCAUGUUCGCGGCAUCACCUCCGUGGCGUGCUGCUACAUGAAAAUCACAACCAAAGAAAACCCCGCCCCUCCGGGACUGGUGGAACCUCCCGCCCCGCUGACACCGGGUCAAGAGCCAGUGCCCUCAGAGUUCGGCUACCCGAUGAGCUCCUGGGUGCGGGGGCUGUCGGGACAUCAGCUGUCCUAUAAGGCGCGGGAGGGGGCGUGUCACGCUGUGGAGGACUACGUGCGGAGGCUCAGGGAGGAGAGCGAGCUGCUGAGGACACACUGUUACCGGGCGACGCUGGAGACGUUCAUCAGGGACACGAGGCCGGAUCUACGCAGGGCGGGAAUCCAGACCAUAAAGAAAGCUCAUUUAUUACCCUUCACAGAGUACGCCCGUCUGGGUCUGGCUCGGGUCGGCCUGCCUCCAGAGUUACCCCUGGACCCGGAGCGGGUGGAGACCAUGCUGAGGCAGCAGGGCAGGGUGGUGGUGUACUUCAGCCUGGCCCUGCUGCUGGCCCCCGUGGUGGAGACGCUGGUGCUGCUGGACAGGAUGAUCUACCUGCAGGAGAACGGUGUGGACAGUCAGCUGGUGGCUCUCUUCGACCCGAACUUUUCUCCCAGAAACUUUGUGCUGGUGGCUCUGAAGCCUCGUGAAUAGAGAGGACAAAAAGGGGGAAAGUCUCCAGUCAAACGGUGGAAAAAGUCACUUUUACCUCUUGAAAAUGAAAGAUGACUCGUGGUUUAUGUGAUGGACGGUGCCCCAAGUCUUAAGGUAGUAUUGCCUCUGCCUCUAGAGAUGUUAAGGAAUGGAAACCAAGUGAAGAUGUUCUUUGAACAUCAUCUGAGCUGCAGACACAUUUGUAUAACGAAUCCUUAAUCCUUACUUCAGAUGUUGGACAUGCUGGAAAUCUGAAGAUCAGGGAUCUGAAUCCAGACAGUAGCUUUUACACCGUCCAAACAUUUGGUUUUAUUUACAUCAUGCACGUCUUCAUGAUCACACACUCAUGUGUUUGAGUUUGGUUUUUAUGGGAUGUUUUUUUUCUGCUUACACAAACAUACAGUUUGUGUUUGUGGUUUGGCUUGUUUUUGUAUUUUAUUGUUGUAUUUUAUUUUAUUUUAUCUGAAGCAAUAAACAAAAGCAAUGCU